UGUCGACCGCGAUUAAAAAGAGAAGAAGAAGACUCGGAGCGCCGUUUCCAAAACAGAACCAGAACCCGAAGCCCACGGAGCCCGAUGCUGGGACGUAGCCACGCCACGGGUGUGAUCAGCGGCCAUGUCUGUGGUGACAGUGCAGCUCGGCCAGUGCGGUAACCAGGUGGGUCAGCAGCUGUUUGACGUCAUCAGCAGCGAUGCUCAGGACGGCCAGAGGAAGACGUACAGCUCCGUCAGCUGGGAGCGCUUCUUCCGCCAGACCUCACAGGGAGACUUUGAAGCCAGGGCGGUGCUGGUUGACAUGGAGCCCAAAGUGAUCAACCACAGCAUGAACAGGGCAGCGAAGUCCGGCCGGUGGAGAUAUGCGGAGGCUUCCCACUUCAGCCAGAAGCAGGGCUCCGGAAACAACUGGGCCAAUGGGUAUCGCGUCCUUGGCCCUCGCCACAGGGACGCGGUGGAGGAGCUGGUGAGGAGGGAGGUGGAGCACUGCGACGCGCUGGCUGGGUUCAUCCCCAUGAUGAGUGUGGCGGGGGGCACGGGGUCAGGAGUCGGGACCUUCGUCACUCAGUGUCUCAGAGACGUUUACCCAUCAUCCUUUGUCCUCAACCACCUCACCUGGCCAUAUGGGACUGGGGAAGUGAUCGUCCAGAACUACAACUCGGUGCUGACGCUGGCGCACCUCUACCAGCUGUCCGACGCUCUCCUGGUGCACGAGAACGACGCCGUGCACAGGAUCUGCAGCCAGCAGCUGAAUCUCAAGCAGAUCUCCUUCGGCGACAUCAACCGGGUCAUCGCUCACCAGCUGGCCGGGGUCCUGCAGCCGGCGCUCACGCCCGACUCCUGCGGCGCCUACAGCGGGAAUCCUCUCGGGGAGCUGGUGAGCGCGCUCGCCUGCCACCCGGAGUACAAGCUGCUGAGCGCGUGCAGCAUCCCUCAGAUGGCCAGCGCCUCCAUCGCCUUCAGCACCUUCAGCUGGCCGGCGCUGCUCAAACACCUGCGGCAGAUGCUCAUCGCCAACACCAAGAUGGAAGAAGGAAUAGACUGGCAGGUCCGUCCACCUCCAGCCUCGGCGAGCCGGACCAGUAGCCUCACCGCCGGCGGCUUCAACGCCUCGCUGGCCAACCUGCUCAUCCUGAGAGGGAAGGACGUCUACAGCGCAGAGACAGGCGGCUUUGAAGACCCGGCCAUCUACACGUCAUGGCUGCCGCCGGCUGAAGCGCUCAGCCUGUGGAAAUCCCCCGUUCCCUUCGAUAAGUACGAGAAGUCGGCCACGCUGGUUAGCAACAGCCAGGCUCUGCUCAGACCUCUGGAUGACAUGGUGAGGAAGGCCUGGAACAUGUUCGCUUCCAGGGCCUACAUCCAUCAGUAUGUUAAAUUUGGGAUAUCAGAGGAAGAUUUCCUCGACAGCUUUACGUCUCUGGAGCAGGUGAUCUCCAGCUACGCUCAGCUGCAGUGCUAGCAGUGAUGGAAGCUGCCUGGCACCACCCACCGCCGACCGCAUCAUAUAUCAUUUAUUUUGGUUUAAACUGAUAUUUCAAUCAAAAUGAUUUUCUAUAAGAAAUUUCUUCAGUCGAUAAUUAUUCAGCCCAGCUUUCAUCACAGCUGGUGAACCUCUUGCUUUGAGGUUUACGGUUUGUUAAACGAUGGCUUUGGUUACAACCUUACUGGCAGCGGGAUCCUGGCGUAUGACGCAGAGUGAUGACAUCACAGCGGCUCGAAGGAAACAGGCUUUGGAUUGUAAAUGACUCCUUACAGUUCAGUCAUUUUCACUCUGACUGGCUGGAUAAAACUUUUAGAGCUGCAAUUGUGGGGUCGUCAGACUAGUUAAAGAGUUGUACAAGUCGUUCACCAUUUGUGGUAAAUGAUGUAAAUAUUUUUUUUAAAACAGUUUCCAACCUAAAGACAAGAAAAAAUAGCUCUACAGAAUAUUAACAAUUUAAUAUCAUUCUAUGAAUGAAAGCUGAUAAAACCUGCAUUUAUAUCUAUAUUGAAAAACUUUAGUAGAAAAACUUGUCUUUAACCGUGAGUGUCUUGAAAGAGCUUCUAAAUAAAAAUGUUAU